AUGAAUCCUCAAUCGGACACCUCACUCCCAUCAGACUCCGCCCAAGCACACCACAGCCCCCAGUCCCAGAAGACGACCACGUCUUCUCACAGCAAGACAUGGAAGGGCAAGAUGGUAGCAGGGGCGAAGAAGAUAGGUCUUCCCCUCAGGAAGAAAGCACUGGAUGAAACAGCAUCUCUCCAAACAACGGAGACAAUUCCAGAGAGCAGCUACACGUACGAGAAGCCCGAAGGAUCUACAUUGAUGUCGCUAGAGAAAGAAUCCUCACCGACCAAGGCCAUGAAAUACGCCUCCCAAAUACAACACCGAGAGCCAUUGAAGGAGAGUGGGUACGACCAAAUGCCAGGCACGAUGUGGGAAGUAACAGCGGCAGCCCAGAUAGUUCAGACUACGGAAGUGCCCGGUCAACAGACGAGCACACCCAGCGGUCAUGGGGAGAGCCCUUCGUGGCGAGAAGCGGCACAACAAUGGAAGACCCUCCAAUCCAACCUGACCCCAGAGAACGAGCACAGUGGGCAGAAGAGGAACAUCGUGCCCCAGCCAGAAACAGAAUUACCAUCGCAGACCUCAGGGCAUGGGCAGACACCUUCAGGGAGCCCACGACUGCACGAAUCUCACCAGUUGAGUCCACUUCACCCAUCGGGGGAACCCUCGACACAAUCACCGAGGAAGAAAACCCUAUCCCUCUCACACUCCCAAGACCCUCUGGGGCCCAGACCCCAUACUAUUCCGCCAAAGAAGACCCAUGGGGAGAGCAGACAGAUGCAGACGAGCUACUCAAGCAGCACCCUCAUGCAGACUCUCCGCCGUGGCAGCGUAGAGUCUUAUUUGCAGAUACCAACGAGGAGGACACUGUCCUCUGGUGGUUCACAGGAGCCCAAUCCCUCGCCGGAACUACCGACGUAUCAAAUCCCAUUGAAACCGAGCUCGAUCAGGCAAGUCUCACAGACUGGCCUCACUGCAGGUGCCGGAUCUGCCGACGACUACGGGACUUGGCCUGAGCCCGAUAUAACGAAGUUGGACCCCACCCAGAGCUCGAACCUUUCCUCGAACCCGAACCCACCUUUCACGUCGAACCCCCCUUUAUAUCACAAAGAGAGCUUCAGUGGUGGGUCUAUGAGAGAGAGGACUUCGACGACAUCUUUGAAGAGUACCGAAGGUACUUUGCAUAUGUCUGGAAUUGGAACCAGAUAUGGAUCGACGGAAAUCCCUACCUCUUACAAUAUGAACCCAUCUUCCACCCAACCGACCAUCUCGACUGACUGGACCCGUGGGUUAGAGCCCGGAUACAAAUCGACAGGCUCACCCGUAUGA